AUGGCAGAGGCCAUGGACCUGGGGCCUGUUGCACAAAAGCCCCUGAUCAGUUGUUCAAUCUGUUUGGAGAUACUGAAGGAUCCAGUCACUAUUCCCUGUGGACACAACUACUGUAUGGGCUGUAUUAAAGGCUGCUGGGAUCAGGACGAUCUAAAAGGUGUCUACAGCUGCCCCCAGUGCAGGCAGACCUUUACCCCAAGACCUGUUCUGAACAGAAACCCUCUACUAACUGAGUUAGUGAAGAAACUGAAGAAGACAGGAUUACAAACUGCUCCUCCAGCUCUCUGUUUUGGUGGACCUGGAGAUGUUGAGUGUGACGUCUGUGCUGGGAAAAAAUUCAAAGCCAUCAAGUCCUGUCUGGUGUGUUUGGCCUCUUACUGUGAGACUCACCUCCAGCCUCACUAUGAAUCUCCUGUCUUUAAGAAGCACAAGCUGGUCAAAGCCUCCACACAACUACAGCAGAAGAUCUGCUCUCAUCAUGACAAGCUGCUGGAGGUUUACUGCCGUACUGAUCAGCAGUGUAUCUGUUAUCAGUGUGAGAUAGAUAAACACAAAGGCCAUGAUACAGUUUCCCCUGCAGUAGAAAGGAUUGAGAGGCAGAAGCAGUUAAGUGAGAACCAGACCAAGCAGAGAAUUCAGGAGAGAGAAGGGGAGAUACAGGAGGUGAAACAGGCUGUGAAGUCACUAAAGCGCUCUGCACAGGCAGCAGUUAAGGAAAGUGAGAGGAUCUUUAUUGAGCUGGUCAGCUCCAUUGACAAAAGGCGCUCUGAGAUGAAGGAGCUUAUCAGAGCCCAGGAGAAGGCUGAAGUGAGUCGGGCUGAAGGACUCCUGAAGCGACUGGAGCAGGAGGUGGCUGAGCUGAAGAGGAGAGAGGCUGAGCUGGAGCAGCUCUUACACACAGAGGAUCACAUCCAUUUCCUCCAGAGUUUCCAAUCUCUCUGUGUCCCUCCUGGAUCUGAGGCCUUACCCAGCAUCACUGUCUACCAAAUCUCAUUUGAGGAUUUAAAGAAAUCAAUAUCUGCACUAAAACAGCGACUGGAGGUUAUAUUCAAGGAGGAAAUGGCCAAGAUACCUGGGAAAGCAACAAAUCUUCAUGAUGUUCCACUCCCCGAACCCAGGACCAGAGAAGAGUUCUUGAAAUAUUCCUUACCACUCACAUUGGAUCCUAACACAGCUCAAGAGUGCCUGUGUCUGUCUGAGGGAAACAGGAAGGUGACAAAUAGUGGAAAGGCCCAGCCCUACCUUCACCAUUCAGACAGAUUUACCUACUUCUUCCAGGUGCUGUGUAAAGAGGGUCUGUCUAGAGCCUGCUACUGGGAGGUAGAGUGGAGCGGGGAUUCGGUUAAUGUAGCCGUCUCAUAUAAAGGAAUCAUCAGGAAAGGGGAUGACGUCGCUGCGUUUGGACGGAAUGAUCAGUCGUUGAGUUUAUACUGCUCAACUUCUAGCUGUACUUUCAGGUACAAUUGCUUUACAACUGGUAUAACUGUCCCCUGCUCCUCCAGAGUUGGCAUGUACCUGGACCACAGGGCAGGAACUCUGUCCUUCUACAACGUUUCUGACACAAUGACCCUCCUCCACAGAGUCCAGACCACAUUCACUGAACCCCUCUAUCCUGGGUUUACAGUUGAUCACAGAUCAUCUGUGAAGAUACUGACACAGUGAUAUAAGUAAAGGAGCUUUCAUAUGGUC